AAUGGUGCUAUAACAAUGAGUAUAUUUUGAUGCAAUUUCAUUUUCUUGUAUAACCAUCAAUAAGCAUAAUUUAGACUACAAGUGUUUUUUGGUUGCAGGCAUGUCUGUCAGUUUAACAGUGGGCUCCAUUCAACAAAGCAAGCAUGAAUACCGUAAGAGCGAAUGGUCACUACCAUUCUGCUGCGGGAUACGGGAUGGAAUCGUUAUUCCCUCCCAUAAGCCCGGUGCAGUCACCGCACAGGUCUUCAGCCCCGCUUCACGAGGCUAAGAUGCGUCCUGGGAAGCUUCCAAUAAUUCCAGGGGCUCAGCUGACGUUGUCGAGGUCAAAACUUGGCGAGAUGCUGUACAAGCCUCCCACUGACUUCCUCAACAAAGAUCCAGUACCGAAUAUGAAGCCCGACUACAACAGCCUGCAUGACCCACACCUCCGCGAUUACUAUCACAGGAGGGACCUGAAUGACAGGCUGAAGAAGGGCAACUUCAUUACAGCAGACAACGAGGUGAUAUGCUCUUUGAAGGAGUACAAUACUUAUGAGGAGUACCUUGAACGCCUCAAGGCCGUUGCAGACAAAACUUACCAUGAUAAACAGAGUGGCAAGCUGAGAAAAUUAAUUGAGCUUCAGGACAAGGGCCUCAUCCCAGAGAAAUUAAGCCUUGUUGAAAUGGAGGCUUUUCUGGAAAAAGAUUCUCCAAGCCAGCCCCAGAGACGGGCUAAGGUAGAGGAGGACUGUGGGCAAAGCAAGGAGUGUCUCUACAGAGCACUGGACAUGGAGAAGAUCAAGGAGGAGGAUCGUGCGAGACUGGUGAUGUUUGAGAAGCAGUACCGGCAUGAACAUAAGAGGGAGAAGUACCUGAAAGAGGCCCAAGAGCAGAGGGACAGGAAGAAACAAGCUUCAAUGGAGAAGAUAUGUGCCAAGAAACAGGAGAAAAUCAUGAUGGGUUCUGAGGUGGUGAUGGUGAUGCUCCCUGAAGAUCUUAAGCCAAGAGAACGUCAAUGCCGAAACCCAGCGAAACCAUGCAUGAAGCACCUAGAGCCACUCCCUGACACAGCAAGCUCAUCUGGACACGACCCAUGCAGAGCUGAUCAGGCUUCAAUGGACAAGCCAUGCACCCAGAAGCAGAAAGUUGUGGUGGAAUCUGAGAUGGGGAAUGAGGUGCAGCUUGAGGAUGCCAAGCCAAGGGAACACCAGCGACUACUGCCAGCGAGACCACGCAUGAAGCACCCUGAUCCACACACUGACACCUCAAGCUCACAUGGACACAAGGCGUGUAAGGUGGACCAGAAACAAGCUUCAGUGCUGCGAGAAUCUGCCAUCCAGCAGAAAAAGUCCCAGGGGAAGAUAGUACUUACUGAGGAAUCCAAGAGAAGGGAGGAGUGUGUUAAUGAUCCUGAGCGCUCGGAUGAGAAAGUUCUGGAACCACCACAGCAGGACUACCAGCACCAGCACCGGAGUACCCUGCCAGACAAUCAAUGCACCGAGCUUCCUGCUUUGCAAUCUAGUCUCGCAAAAAUAUAUGGACACAAGGGAAUUAGAAUGGAUCAGAAACAAGGUAAAAAGAAGCAAAAAAGUGGGAUGCUUUAGAGGAGGGUGAAAGUAAAGACAGAAUCUUCUAGAAUUUAAGGAGACGACAGGUGAACCUUUGGGAAGCAGACAUGUUGGAGUUGUAGGAGUGGCAGAAAAAAAGAUGAGUAAACAGUGAAAUAAAAAAGACGAUGUUUUAUGAACAACAUUUAACUGUGGCGGGCUCAAAUUCAAGAAACGUUAAAGAAACAGUCGAUCUUGGUGUUGGUGUUGGGUCAGGAGGCAUGUAGCUAAUGUCUCUUUUUAUCUGUGUCAGUUUGAGUGCGAGACUGUGGAAAGGAAGCUCUGUGCAAGAGCUAAAGAAGAAAAUUAUAGGUGAAGGCUAUAAAACCUUGUAGCAUGCAUGUUAAAAUUCAAAAAAGUUUUGAUAAAACAUUUAUAAUAAGACUUAAUGGAGUACAGGAAUGCCUGACUCGUUUGCCCUCUAACUGGAAGCUUCCUUUAUUCUCAUAGUGUUAUUACUGGGUAACAGGAGUCAAUUCUUUCAUUAAAAAAAAAAAAAAAAGUUAGGUUAGGUCAAUUUUUGAGUUUUGGCACGAAGGGGAGGAAGAAAAGCACUUGACUCAAUGACCUGAUGCAAUCACCUUGGUGUGUAGGCUGUGUACAGAUGCAGGGUCAUCUUUGAAUCUCCUGCUGUAAAACAUAUGCAUGCAGAUCACCCACUGUUUGUGGUGUAGACAGCCAAUAGGAAAGCACGUCCCAGGCAGCAGUUUGGGGUGUGAUAUAUCCUAGGGGCCUGAAGGGCAGUUGAGAUGACAUGCUUAAACCAGCCUCCAAGAUCCAAGCUGAGAGACCUACCAGCCAGGCCUGUGCUUUUGUACCAAGUGAAAUCUGUGGGGGAGACUUACAGCUCGUAAUUAACCCUGCACAAAUCAAUGGAAGUGGGCAUUCAGACACUUUGCACUUACUGCAGCUAAUGUGUAAAGCAAGCUGAGGGAAUUCAACAAUGCAGUCUUCUCGCUGAUUGAAUCUCCCUGGAGUGACGGAAAGUGAUGUUAAGUCACUGAAGUAGACACUCGAGUAAUAUACAAUAUGCUGUAAAUUUGUGUUUUUUAACUAGUUGUCUCGCCCAGUGGCUGUCAAACUCGGUCCUGGCAGACGUUUAUGUGCACUGGUUUUCUUCCAACCCAUCUCUUACACAAUUAAAGUUGUGUUUAAGUUCUUAAACUUAAGACAAUGCAGGUUUGACUUGCUAUAACUUGCUUUGUCUUACAUUAUCUCCAAAAUAGUGGCCAUGUGUCCGAACUUUCUCCAUAAUUAUGAGCCUAUUGAUUCUCUUCAGUCUCUAAAACUUUUUUAGGAUACCAAAAAAAGAGCACAAACUUGAGACAUAAAGAAGCAGGCUCCAAUGGCAAUACAACACAAGAUUACUCAAAGAACUUGGGGCGAUUAUUUAUAAGAGGUACGUUUAUACAGUCUCUAAAAUCUUGGGAAAUACCAGGUGCAUGGAAGCGAGGCAGUAUGAAAGGGGUCUGGACCAGUAUGAAACUACAGGCUUUGUAGUUUUACUUCUUAACCUCAUUUAAAAUUGUGGAAUCUAUCAUCAACUGGUAUUAAUGCCAUACAGCUUGGUUGGUUACUAGUUUGAAAUGUAAAAGGUACAAGGAAAGACCUAGUUAAUUGUUGUAGACCAUAAUUCAAUGUCCUGUGCUUGCUAUUGUAAAGCCAGCAGCAGGUCAUUAAAAUAUCUUAAAUAUUCAGAAUAUGCUUAAUUGCACCCUGAACUGUCUGGGCCAAUUGAAAACAAGCACACCAAAAAAUAAUAAAUCAAUAAAUAAAUAAAUAAAUAAUGAAGCAAUCCCACUUCAAAUGCACUUUUUCAAGCUGCUUAUACUAGUGUCUGCCAAAUUACUCAAUGUAAAUUGGAAAUUGAGCUCUGUCAGUAGAAUAAGUUAGCAUACGUGGAAAAAGUCAUUCCACACAAACACUUGACACAUUGAUAUCCAGGCUUUAUGCAAAUGGAAAGCUUAGAUUACAUCAAAUUAUAAGACAUGAUGCGAGCAAUUGUCUCAGACAUUGUCCAUUUAAAUAAUGUAAUUAGGUGAUAUUUUAUCUCUUUAUAAAUUAUUCAUUUACUGCACUGAAAACUAGGUGUGGCAGUAGGUGUGGGCAUAUAGAAGGUGAUGAACAGCAUAGGGAAAUUCAGCACCAUGGAUAGCUACCGUGUGCUCAGAAGCCAAUUCACCUGCUCCAGGUCUCAGGCGGUCCAUGACAUUACAUUACAUUACAUUACAGGCAAUUAGCAGACGCUCUUAUUCAGAUCGACUUACACAACUUUUUGCAUAGCAUUGACAUCGCAUCACUUUAUACAGCUGAAUACAUAUUGAAGCAAUGCAGGUUAGGUACCUUGCUCAAGGGUACAACAAGGGUGUCCUACCUGGGACUCGAACCUGUUACAUUAGGCUAGCACCUCUGCUAGUCUUUGGCAAAAAGCAAUAGCUAAGUUAGCAUUGGUCCUACUCAUUGAUGUGAAUCAUUAGUGGGAUACAGGUACCUUGCUUUUAAAGUGAUAGUUCACCCAAAAUCGUAAAUAAAAAUCAUAACUCUCAAUUCAGUGAACUGUGCAUCCAAAUGCCUUUUUUUCAGAGAAUUAACUGCUUAUAAAUGAUGCCAGCCAGAAGUUAAGGUUAGGAUCUGACAGACUCAAAAAUGCUAGCUAACUAAAAUUACCUCCAUGUAAUUUCUAAUCAGGUUACAUGAUUGUACGUAUACCUUAAUGUUAUUAUUUACCGCAUAAUUUGUGGUAAAUAAUAACAUUACAAGACCAUUGAGAGUUGUUAUUUAAAUCAAUUUGGAUAUAGUGUGCUUUCAGCAUAAUACUUUUUCUAAGGUACUGUUUUAACACGGCCAUCGAGCCUCAGUCCUGAAGAGCUGCUCCUGAAGAGUCUGCUUGACCUGCCAUUGGCAUAUACAGCUCAUUAAAUAUUUUAGCCAAGCCACUAAGGGCACACACACACUGGCUCUCCAGAAAUUGAAAUUCUCAAGUCUCUGAUUAGUCUGGGAGUCCACACAUCUUGUGUCCAAUGCCUGAACUGAUUGAAAGGUGCACAAUCAUAGCACUAAAAAGGUACUAUAGUGGAAUCCAGAUUUUGUCAGCAUUUAUUUUUUGGCAUUAUCAUAUAGAACAUUUAUAAAUGAGAAUAUUUAUCAAUGACGCAUGAGAUGAUAAACACAUUUAAACAUGACUAAUGCAACAACAAAAAAAGUCCCAUGUUUCCACAUUACUGUACAUACGGGUGCCAGAAACGUGAUUGCAAUGAUGAAUGUAUCAUUGCUAGAGGAUUUCUCAUAGUUCAUAAUUUAUAAACUAUAGUUUAUUUUCUGAGAGUAAUCUUCCGCUAUUUUUUUUUUUUUAUUCGUUUGUUUUUUUCCCAUUCUACACACAAUGAAGCAACUCGCAUUUCAAGAUGAACAGAUUUACACCCUGUCCAGCUGUACUGAUCUGUACCAUUGUCCCAUUUCCAUCCAAAACUCCAAACUCUGUUCAAUGUCCCAUUUCGCACUUUCAGAAUGGUCUCAUAGAUCCAAAAUAGUCUGGCUUUGAGGCUGCUCAGUCAACUACGACUCCCUACUUUCACUGAAGCCCUUAAAAUUGCCAGAGCUGCUUUCCUCUCCUCUUUUCUCACUCUCCUAGGUCUGUCCACUGCAUUUGACAUCUUGAACCACAAAACCUUCCUCUCUACCUUAUCUGAGCGGGGCAUCUCUGGAUCCUGAUUUGCAACCUACCUGUAGAGGCAUUUCUACACAGUGACAUAGAGAGGAUCGGUGGCAAUGCACAUCUCUGGAACACAUACGUAUAUGUUUGGCAUACGUCUCACCUUGGACGUCUGCCCAGCACCUCAAGAUACACCGUAACGAGACAGCGCAGCUCUCCCUUCCAUGAAAAACUUCUCCAUUGCUGUAAAAACCACUGUGCUGUCUGGAUGGGGGAUUGCCAGAAUGACUAAACU